UCUGCGCUUCUCACUGGGCGAUGGGAGAGUGGGUGUGUUUAACGGGGGACUUCAUUCAUAAAUACAAAAAGAUUUAAAAGCCCAAAUUAAAGAGAAGACCAGGGUAUCGUUCGCGACCGUUUUGUCUCAUGGACCACGUGAAUUAUAGUUAGGGGGGACACUCUCUCUGGCUUGGACCAUGAGCAAUGAGUCUGCCAUAUGGACAAACCAGAACAGAACUUACCCCACCGACGUCCCACUGUCAUCAGGGACACAGAAUGGCUAUGUCCUCCUGCUGGUCCUCUUGUCCAUCUUUGUCGGAGGGACGCUGGUCCUGCUCUCUGUCCUUCUGAUUGUCUGUCGCCGCUGUUGUGAAGGGGACAGACGCCAUGCAUGGGCUAGCGAUGACACCGAGAAAAGUAACACCACCUAUAUUGAGGAGGCCCAGCCAGUGCAUGAGAUUACGAUUCGCGUCGAUGAGUCAGAUUGCCUGUCGGCAGCCAGCUCCCACGACAUGGAGACGGAGCGUUUCCUCUCCACGGGCACAACUGGCCGCCGGGUCUCCUUCAACGAAGCAGCGCUUUUCGAUCACAGCAAGAAAACACAGGAGAAAGGUCGAAGGUACACGCUUACGGAGGGCGACUUCCAUCACUUGAAGAACGCGCGGCUCACCCAUCUCCACCUCCCUUCACCCGCCCUCCAGAUACUCACCAUCCACGAGUGUGAGUCAUCAGAGAACAGUAUUGCCAUGACAACGCGCCCCGUCGCUAAAUCCAGCCUCUCGAUUUUUCAGCCACCAAUAUGUUCAUUGCCCCAGACUGCCCUGACCAGUCGGAGUCUCAGUCCCAGCUCUGCCCUUCCUGGCGACGCUCUCAAUUCCACUGUGGACACAACGUUCUGUGAAAGCAUCACAGCAGUCGGUCCUGAGCCGUCCAGUCCGUGUCUACUGGAGGUCAGAGGAGGACUCGGGAGGAGCACGGGCAUCAUGGGUAAUGGUAGAGAGGGUGCGUCGGCCUCGUCCACGGCCCUCUCUUCCUCUGGCGGAGCCCCGCAGGGCCCCAUGCUGCAGUUCUUCACCAAGCUCCGCCGACAUGCCAGCCUGGAGGGAGCGAGUCCCUACUUCAAGAUCAAAAAGUGGAAGUUCGACAGCAGCCAGAGAGCUUCAAGUCUAGACAUGAGAGGUUCCCCCAAGCGGAGGCAGUUCCAGCGGCAGCGCGCAGCCAGCGAAAGCAUGGACCAGGAAGAGCAUGACGCCCAUCACAUCGACCUCAUUCAGUACAUUGCUCGCACCAAGGACGUCACCUACUGCCCCCCCAAGCCCAGUCCACGCCUUCUAUCCCCCCCUUCCACACCCCCACCCUCCCUCGGCAGGUUAGAGGUGGAGGUGAUGGUGGAGCCCAGCUGCAGCAGAGCGAUGGGUCCCGGGGUGAUCGGCCUCACCUCCGAGGCCCCGGAUGAAAGUCUUGGAAUGGGCUACCAUCAGGAGAGCUUAGAACCUCAGACCUUGUACCGUGAUAUCUGGACUCUUCGUGCCUCCCUCGAACGGUAUGUCUCGUCUGACCAGAGCAGCAACAAUGACAAAGACUCCGUUCGUAGUGAUGCAGACAGUGUGUGCUCUUUAGGGGGUAAGACCGAGAUGGGAGGACUGCCUAGGUACCCCUCGCAGGAUAUCGGGGAUGAGAUGGAGGGGGAUGUGGACUUGCCUCAAGACGAGGGACUGGAGAAAGGUCGCAAACAGGAUAGUGUCGAUUCUGAAAGAGGGAGUGACGGGGAGACUGGAAACCGCAAGCUGCUCCAAAUGGACAGCGGUUACGCCUCGAUAGAGGCACCUUCGCGUGCUCCCGAGGAGUUGCGACUGUUUGGAAGCACCAGUAGCAGUAAGGACGGCUCCGCCGUGGAGCGCAGGCACUUCUUCAGUUCGGGUCGCAAGGGUACUGUAUGCGAGAGCUUUGACACGGACAUCUUCGACGAAGAACUUGAAGAGGAACCUGCGGGUGCCAGCGGUGGUGUGGACGGAGUGGAAACGGACAAGAGCACCAUGCUGUGGUCCCCCUACGGCCAGAUGUUCACUCAGCGCGAUGCUCAACCUCAUCCCCCCAUCCUUUCCCGCCGCGACUACAGCAUUGAUGAGAAAACCGACGCACUUUUCCAUGAAUUCUUGCGGCAUGACCCGCAGUUCGAUCAGCAGGAGUCUCCGCUGCGCUCCAAGCAUCGUUCCCGCGUGCAUCUGCGCAAGCAGUGGCAACGCUCCAAACAGUACAGCGACCCCGGCCAGCGCUUCCAAUCCUCUUUUGACCGGUACCGCACUCCGCUCCGACGGGGCGAAACUGUCAACUAUCCUCUAGAGACUAGCUACCACAGCACGCUCCCACGAAUCAUUAGUGCACCUGAUGAAGAGAACAGCGAAGGUGCAACCAGUACUCCCGAGACACCCAAGGCAGAUCAGGACACUGCUGUUGACGUGGAUCCCGACAAGAUAAGAAUAUCUUCCAGUACCGAAAGCAGCGGAACCAUCAACGAAAAGGAAGUCCUUGAGGCAUCGCAGCCCCCUCCAAUGAGUGACAUUGCUGGAGAGCAGCCGGUGGGCCGGGAGAACUCUAGGCAAACAUUGCCACCGCCUGAACCUCCUGAUGAACGUACAAACUAUGGCCCACAGACAAUCACAGAAGAGCUGAGCGAUAAGCUAGCGGCAACCCUCGAAGAACGUCUGUACUCGGAUCUCCGCAGGACCAGGGAAGUGCCCGAGUGUAGUGCAGUGACUGUGACCUACACAUCGCCCGAUCACAGUCCAGUGUAGCAUGUGGCUCCCUUCAUCUCCUCGUACAAGAACACUUUGCGGCAACUACAGGUCCAAAGUUUUGAUCGACAUUGGCUCCAAACUGGAACAGGUUUGCUUUGGUCAUUUAAAUGGUGUUGAAAUCAUUGUCAUUCUGUCCUGGACCAGUGGUGUAGAGACAUUUCUUCCAUGCUCAGUGUUAAAUAAACAGCAAUUAAGGCUCAUACCUCAUGUUGCUCAACGCACCAAGUCUUAAACAAAUGAAAUGUCAAAGUCUGUUAUUAAAGCGCUCCAUUUAGCUACUCGUUGACUUCAAAAGCCAAUAUUUUCUCUGCACUAGGUAAUCCACUGUGAAAUUGGGUGCUAUUAGAUUAAAGAAUGAUUAUAUUUGUAAUUGCAUGACUUAUUUUGCAAUGCUGCCUAUCCGGAUGUCUGUUCAUGACCCCAAUUAUUUUCUUUUACUUGUUUUUAAAUGUACAAGCUAGCCCUCCAUUUGGUUACUAUAUUUUACUUUCUGAAGUUGUCAAAUAAUCAAUUCUAUUUAUUAUUAGCAUCUGGGUUUUUGUCUAGCUAAACCUGCUUUCAGAUUUAAAAUCAAAUAUUAGAAUAAAAAUCUUGUAAACUAUAAUCAUAAUUGGAAUAAACUGUAGAAAUGGGUAGACAAACAACAGCAUAUCUGAAACACCAUGGCACUGGUCCAGUUUCUAAUUAAACAAGUCUUUCCCAUUUUAACAUCACAGUGUUUGUAAUUUAGGGUAAAUAAGAUGGGAUUAGUUGCACUAAAACACUAGCCGUGUUAGCUUGUUCCCCACCGACAUGUUUGCAAUCCAUUAUUAAGUGUCCUUGUCAUUUAACAGCGUUAUUUUAUCAUUGAAGUAUUGAAUGGUUAAAACUGCCUCUUUGUGAGAUACAGUAAUUUUAUGAUCAAUGAAUUAUUAUUAUUAUGCUUUUCAUCGUAAUUGUAUCAUUUGUUCUGUAUCGUUUAUCAUAUCUGUGAGAACUGAUCGAAUGAUUUUCGAGUAUUCAGUGCCAAAUUGUUGAAAGAUUAAACAUGAAAACACUGUAAGCAACACGUGCGAACAGUCCUGCAAAAUAAUAAUCACAGAUAAGCCUCUCUAAGGGUUUGAAUCAGGCCUGAGAUAUUUUUAUGAAUUUCAUUGUGAGAAGGGCAUGCCUUUUCUUGCAUGUAUUUCACAAAAUGAGCUCUGUGUGUUCGUUAGCAUUACUUUUACAUGAAAAUCACCAAUACAAGAAUCCCUAGAGGUUGACGACUGCACAUGCUACGUCAUUUACAGUCACUUAAAACAGUGGUUUUCAACUUGCAUAUUUUGUAUGUUUCUGAAUCUGACACACUCAGUUCAGUUCAUGAAUCUUUCUCCUAACGAGCUAAUGAUCUGAAUCAGGUGUGGUAAAUGAGGGAGACAUACAAAAUGUGCAGAGCAGUGGGCCUGGAGGACUGGAGUUGUGAACCACUGACUUAAAGCAAAUCCCACUGCCCAGCAUAAGCAAUUGUCGAAUCUCGGUACAAACGGCACCAUUCACAUUGAUUUGAAUUACCCAAUAAAAUGGGAUUCUACCAUUCACACCUGUCAGAUCACAGUAUGGAUUGCGUUCUGUAUUGAUAAUUAUGGGUUUGACCCUGUAAGCAUGAAAACAAAAGGUUGUCCUUGGCGGACUCUCAGAAAAGGCCUUUGGAAGAUAUAUAGAGGCUUUUGAUGUAAUGAAGAAGAACCUUGGGUAGCAUCCACAGGCCUUGUCUAUGAAGGCUCACAUUGUCGUGUGGCCUUUUAGGGCAAUUGUUUUGAGCUGCUGAGUAGUACUCUAAAAGCGACAUGUACUAUUUAGGGUGCAGCUGAAGUGCCCUGUCCAGAAAUAAAAGCCUUUCAUUAUCUAGGUGAACAAUGACUGAUGUGCAUAGAGUGAUUAACAAUGGCGAAAAAAAGACAGCUUCAGAUAAGCCGAUUGAUUGUUUCUGGCUAAACGAAAGGUGUACUGACCAUCUCACAUGAUUAAUACGGUGCCUUCCUGUGUGUUUAACAUUUAAUGAGAUAGUUCAUCCAAAAAAGUCCAUCCAAUGAAAGUCAUUAACUUUCAUUGCAUAGACAAAAAUUUUGUGUUCAACACAUGAAGGGCAGUCAUACAUGUUUGGAAUGUCAUGAGGGUGAGUAAAUGAUGCCAGUAUUUCUGUUUUUUGGAUGAACUGUCAACUGUAAGCAAGUGUUAUGGUCAAAUCUCAGUAUAGCACUUAUUUCUUAUGACCAAGUUUGAUCAUAACUGAAUAGGCCAAAUUACCUUACAAAGGUUAUUAAAAACAUAAAUUGCAUUAUCAAAAACAUGUACACCAGUGUUAGUGAUUACAAAUCCGGUCCUUGGUUUUGAUUCACUGUAAUCCGUAACAUGUCAGGGACAUCGAAAUUUGUACAAAGGAAAGUAGAAUUGUAUAUAAGCACAAUGAGGUCCCAAUGCAGGCACUAGAAUAGUCUAUGUCUUGGAUUUGACAUAAACCUAGUCGGGACCUUCGGGUGAUGUGUGCACAAUCAAAUAGCCUGUCGGUUGAUGGAUUACUGUGUAUAGAUUUGCAUGUGAUGACAAAUUAUUGUUUAGAAGAUCCAAAAUGAAGCACCAAAAGACAGAUAUUUUUUGUGUGACUCUGAGAAUAAAAAGAAAUAGACUUGGUACUAACAUAUUGUAAAGUAUUUUAAGGAGUCUGUUAUUUUAGAAGUUCCGCUUUGCUGACUCGAUGAGAUUUUUUGCCAUAUUUCCAUGGACAAAAAUGAUUAUUUCUAUUGCUGGCUAUAUUUCAAUGAAAGAGAAAAUAUAUUUAUGUGCAAAUUUCCAUUUAGAAAAGAAAAAAAUCUGUAAAAAUCUGCUUGACUAAUUACUCAGUCAAAAAAAAAAAAAAAGAGAGAGAGAGCGAGGCGAGCUUUCUGAACGUUUGUUUUGUUUACCUGGAUCUUCUUGUUCUAGAUCUACUGAGCCUUGAGGGACCAACCAAUCUAAACGUUUAUUUUCAUGUUAUGUUUUUCCAACUAGUCAAUAAAGAAUGAUGCAUUAUGACUU